AUGAAGUCUACGUUUUCAUUGUUCCUCCGUCAUUUCCGACUUCAAGCCACAUCGCUCAAGGCUCCGUCACGUCGAGGCCUGUCGACUCCUCCACCUCCUUCCCCAACAAACUCCCAAUCUCGCCUACGCCGAUUCAAUGACCGCCUGCCACUCUUUCUUCGAACAUACACAACCCCGUUGCUGGGAGCACCAGUGACUCAUGUCACUUCGUUCUUGAUCCUGCACGAAAUCACUGCCAUUGUUCCACUAUUUGGUCUAGUCGCUGCGUUUCAUUAUAACAACUGGAUUCCAGACCUCGUAACUGGAUCUGACGAAAACAAUGCCUUUGAUGAAGGAGCUGCACGGUUUGGACGCUGGCUGGCGAAGAAAGGCUGGGUCGAUGAAGCAGACGUCACAACCGUUGCCGAGCAUGAAGCUUCUGCACUUGGAAAAGAGCGCGCAGGUGUGCGAUUAAUACUCGAGUUCGCCACAGCUUAUGCGAUUACGAAGGCUUUAAUACCUGUGCGAAUAAUAGCUAGUGUCUGGGCAACACCUUGGUUUGCAAGGACAAUCCUUACCCCGACCACGAAAGCUAUUCAAAGGGUACUAGGGAAAAGCUGA